CCGGCCCGACGUGAGGAGGAGCCGUUUCUGCACCGCCACGGAAACCACGCGAGCGGCCCCGUGUCCCCUGAAGCUGCUCUCGCGUCCGCUGAAGGCUUCUGGACGGAGAGAGAGAAGGAAGCACCGCCGUCGCGUCUCUGGUCUCUCGGCGUCGGGCCCGCGCGGACUCUUGGUGGCUUCGGAUCCCGCAGCAGGACGCGGUGCGCGGAGAAGCGUCACGUCGCGUCACGAAACCAGCACUCACUAUGUCUGAUGGGGACUAUGAUUACCUCAUUAAAUUCCUAGCCCUGGGAGACUCUGGCGUGGGAAAAACCAGUUUCCUUUACCAAUACACAGACAACAACUUUAACUCCAAGUUCAUCACUACAGUUGGAAUAGACUUCAGAGAAAAAAGAGUGGUGUACAAAUCAACAAAUCCAGAUGGAUCUUCAGGCAGAGCGCAGAAGAUCCACAUGCAGCUGUGGGACACUGCGGGACAGGAGAGGUUUCGCAGUUUGACGACGGCGUUCUUCAGAGACGCGAUGGGGUUCCUCCUUCUGUUUGACCUCACAAACGAGCAAAGUUUCCUCAACGUCAGAAACUGGAUGAGUCAGUUACAGAUUCACGCGUACUGCGAGAGUCCAGACGUCAUUUUAUGUGGCAACAAGUGUGACCUGUCCGAUCAGAGAGCGGUCCGCGAAGAAGAGGCCCGUGAGCUGGCAGAGAAAUACGGAGUCCCGUACUUUGAGACGAGCGCUGCAAACGGGCAGAACGUGAACCAGGCAGUGGACGUUCUGCUGGAUCUCAUCAUGAAGAGGAUGGAACGAUGUGUCGACAAGUCCUGGAUCCCUGAUGGGACCGUUCGAGUUAAUGGACCCACCAGCACAGACCUCUCAGAGGGCUCUGAUCGGAGCAAAUGUGCAUGUUAGAGCGAACAACGGUCACGGUACAUAUCUGUGUCCAUAAUACUGGAGAGAAAUAUAGGAACACGUCACGGUUUAACAUUGGGAAUACAUACAGUGUAAUUGUAUUAUAUGUUAGGUGGAACUUGACAUUAUUUGCGUCCAUUGGCCCACAGAGCACUGCACAGAUAAGCAUGUAUUAUUUAUCAGAACAGAUAAAGUGCCUUUUGAAUGUGUGCAUUUCAUUUCCAUUCAUUUAGUGGGUCUUUUGCAGAUUAGUAUUGGAGUAUGGGAUAUUUUUUUUGUUAUGAUGCUUAGCUGAAACUUAAAUAGCUGAAAUAGUUGCAGUCAUAGUUUAAUGGGGAUGUUGAAUCUGCUACAAAUGUAUUUUAAGGAAACUUAAGUUAUACGUGACUGAUGAAUGUCCUACUUAAUAUCUCACUGGUGCCAUAGUCAGAAAACAUGUCGCACAUUGACCAUCUAAUUAAGUUGGAUGGUCAAUUAUCACUCGAUAUUGCGCAGGUGAGACCCUAAAUACCUCAGGCCCCACAGCACUUCCAUACAAUGCUGUAUGCAAGUGCUGGAGUCUGCUGAAGUCCUAAAAAAUUGAUUCACUUUUAAUUAAAUCAAACAUCCAACUUCAGAGAAAAUUAGCGCAGGGGGCAUUUCACACAGGUAAUGCAAAGAUUCUACCAGACAGUCAAGUUCUAAAAUAUGUAUUAUAUCACGCCCGUAUUUUAAGUGCUAGAUGCAAUGAAGGAACUGUAAAGUGUAAAAAGACAGUUCCAUAGCUAAAUGAUCUGACCUUCAUUAGACUAAUGGACCUUUUGGAUCUUUUGUUUCAUUUCAUUUGUUGAUUUAAACAUUAAAAUUAAGAUCAGGGCACAUUUUUGAAGGGCCAGUUAAAUAAGAAAGGCAGAAAGAUCUGACCUGCAUUUCAGUGAACUUUGAGUGUAUAUUUAAAAUCCUAGCUCACUUUAAUAUAAUAAUACCACUAAUAUUUUAAAAUGCUUUUACUCACAAACGCACAUAAUUUGUAUUAUACUGCCAUUGUUUCCUGUGUAAAAGGAGUUAAGACACACCAGUAUAUUUCCCCCACUCCCACGUUUUCAAUCAAUAGAUUAGAAAAACUACCACUAACAUAUCAUUUGAUUAUAUUAGUAAGACUACACUGAAAUAUUUUAUAUUUUCAAUUGUGCCAAAUGCAAAAUAUGUAAAUCAUGUCCAAAAUAAACAAUUUAUUUAUGUAUUCAUUGAA